GCAAGCAGUGAUAGUGCCCAUGAAGGGGACCUUGUUGGGCCCGCCCCUUUCACGGUUAUCGCUUCUCGGCCUUUUGGCUAAGGUAUAGGGAUAUACCUUGGCUGAUCCGGUUCCUGCUUUUGUGGGUGCUCUGAGACCCCCCUCCUCGGCCCUGGGACAUCGCCCUUCGUUGGGCUUAAGUCCCUUGCUGCUAUUGGGGAGGGGGCCCACCUCAGUGUAGAGUUGCGAUCCCCCUUUGCCUUAGGGACCUAGUGUCUCUUUGGUGCGCUUGAUUGUGAGCAUGGCGUCAGCCAGUGACGGAGAUCCAGGCAUGGUACCAUCUUAUGCCAAGCUCAAGAACUCAGUACGUAUAUCGUACUUGGAGGACCAGAGAAAGAACCGGGACCUGAAGUACAUCGUGGAGCAAGUUCUGCUGGGCGUCUUUGGAUUAAGGAAGCAUGAGAUAUUAUCCAUCCAAGAUUAUCCGAAAAGAGGAGUAUACGAUGUUACUUUUACGGAAGGAGGUAUUUACAAGGACUUUGUUAUACAGAUGAAGAAGGUAAGCGGAGAUGCCCGCUUGAGUGGAAUAAGAAUUGUUGAGCACUUUCCCGAUGAACUUAUGCUUUUAGUUAUAAAAAUGUACUCUCCAUACGUUAAAGAAGAUGAAAUUGUUGUGUUUUUAAGGAAUUUUUGUAAAAAAAUUAUAAAUAGAGGGAAAGUGAUGAAUGAGUGUGGAAUAUGGUCCUCUAAGUGGAAGUUUCUGGUUGAGUUCAAAGAAGAUCUAUUACUCCCAGGACGAAAGGUUAUGCCUCCAGCUCGGUUCAAGUUAGGAAAUGUAAAUGGUGACGUGUUUUUCCCAGGAAUGCCCAAUUUCUGCAGAGCUUGUAGAAGAUAUGGACAUGAUAAAAACGUAUGUGAGAGUACAUGUACAAAUUGUGGCAGCACUGAGCACUCCUCCAGAGAAUGCACAAAAGAAAAGAAAUGCAGUUUAUGUUACAGAGUUGACCAUUUGUAUGCUUCUUGUCCUCACAGAAACAAAGAGAAACAACAGAGAAGCCAGCCAGACCCCCGUCAUAUGAACAGAGAAGACAGCAAACCAGAAGAAAACCCAACUGAUCAACAUGGUGAGUCUGCUACCUCUGAUGAAGAUGGAUAUGAGAAACCCUCCAGCAUGAAGGUAAGAAGAAAGGAGAAGAAAGCAUGGCAGACAGGAGCUCCUCUCUCGCAGCAGAGGGGUAGUAACCUGGAUGAAGCUGUCAGCAAGCCUCAGAGUGCCCCCCUGAGGAAGCCAGAAAAUGUUGGGGCUAAGAGAAGAAAGACCGGAACAGGAAGAGAAGAGGCGUUUGUGGAAGAAGAGGGGGGGGUAGGGAUGCCAUCAGGUGUUCCAGCCCCCUCCCCAAGUGAAACAGGCAACUCGUCCAUGGUUCCCGACACGGUGGAAGUCGUUGUGCCCGACCAGCUGCCCGGGGUGGCUCCGACAGGUCAUCCCGGGGAGGAGAUGGACACUGGGCAAGGUGACGGAGACGGGACAACCCCUGUUCCGGCGAAGAGGAAUCCUCUCCUUAGUCCCCUACCGGAGGAUCUUCAGGAGGAGUUUUCUUCUUACAGGAAUGUGGCAUCCCUCACCAAGCAUCAUACAAGAAAUAUGAAGAAGACUGGAAGCAUGGCCCCUCAGUGUGGUCAGGGUCCAACGCAUCUAAAUCUGGAGGAGUUGCUAUACUUUUUAAGGAUGUUUUUAAUACCAAGAUUUUACCACAGUCAUGGAAAAUGGAAGGACUUAUCCUGGAGCUGCAUCCACAGUUGCCUUCCGUGCCGGGCUUUCCAACACCGUAGAGGAUUUGCAAGCACAGCAAAGUGUCCAAGAGAGGGAUGCCACGAAGAGGAGACUGUUUUACAUCUUUUAUGGACAUGUGAUUUUUCUAGAAGGAUAUGGACUAAAAUGCUGCCACUUUUAAACAAAAUUGCUGCUAUAAAAGACUUGGACUAUAAUAUGGUUUUAUAUGGGUGUUUGGAUUGUCCCGGCGAACAAGAGAAACGGAAGGCAUGGCAAAUAAUAAACUGUGUGAAGGCAGCUCUGUGGAAAAAUAGGAAUAUUUUAUUAUUUAAAAAGGACAUUUUAUCUUUCGAUGAUGUUAUUGGAAUGAUAUUAAGUGAAAUGUACAUCUAUCUUUUAAUCGAUAAACAAAGUGAUGAGUUUGCAUUCUUAAAAUGGCAUUUUACCGACUGGCAUAUGUGAAAUUGUAAAAUUGUAAGUUUUUUUUAU